UUAAUACCAGCAAAAAACACUCGUCGCGUGAUCGUAACCUCGGCACCCAGCCCCUAGCAAAUUCAUGCCCAAAAACAUGCCUGAAACCGUCCCUUUUGGUGCCCUGAAUCCGGUCUUUGCCUCACUGGGAGCUGUGGUCGCCUUCUACGCAACGUUUCGUCUAGUUUCAUCGGUUUUCAGAGGUUUUAAGGCUUUCUUUUUGGCGAGCCCGCUUGGACUUUGCGCCAAUGUUAAAUCGUAUGGAGAUUGGGCAGCUGUUACCGGGGCAACAGAUGGCAUUGGUAAAGCUUACGCAGAACAGCUGGCAGCUAAAGGUUUGAAUAUCAUUCUGCUGAGUAGAUCGCCGGACAAGUUAAAAGAUGUGGCCUCAGAAAUCGAAUCAAAGUACAAGGUGCAGACGAAGAUCAUAGCGGUCGACUUCUCCAAGAGCGGAGAGAUAUAUGAGAUGAUAAGCAAGGAGCUAGAGGGUCUUAGCGUUGGGGUUCUUGUCAACAAUGUUGGGAUGUCUUACAGUUAUCCCAUGUACUUCCAUGAACUCCCUGACUCCAAGAAGCUCCUGACGGACAUGGUCAACUUGAACUGCCUGUCGGCUACAAUGAUGACUGCAAUUGUUCUACCAGGAAUGCUAGAGAGGAAAAAGGGUAUCGUUGUUAACGUCUCGUCUGCAUCAGGCAUGAACCCAAGCCCUCUGUUGACCGUUUAUUCCGCUACCAAGGCAUACAUGGAUUUCUUCACCAGAGCUCUACAGACCGAGUAUGCAUCUAAAGGCAUUAUAUUCCAGUCUGUUCUGCCAUUCUUCGUGUCGACCAAGCUGAGUAAGAUUCGUCGAGCCUCGCUGACCGUUCCGACGCCUACGGGGUAUGUCCGUAGCGCCUUGGCUACCCUUGGUAUUGAGGACAGAACCAAUGGAUGUCUGAUUCAUUCUAUACAGGGGUGGGUUGCAAACGCUGCCCCAGAAUGGCUCAUCAACAAGGUACAGAUGAGUAUGCAUCUCGGCAUCCGCAAGAGCGCCCUCAAGAGGCUGGGACAGAAGAAGGCCGAGUAAAUCUUAGUGUAGUCCCCACACACGCCUAGUGUAUACGGGCUGGUCGUGUAAAACUCUUCCCUCGACCGCAAUGUUUAAAAACAAAAUUUACGGAGAACUUGUCGAGUGCAAUGAUUAUGUGAUUUCCUGGGUUUGAGGCCAAUUUCAUAAAAAUUGAGUGGGGCACCAGUCACAUUAAUGCAAAUUAGUGUAGUUUUGGCUGGUAACCUAUUUCUGUUCAGUAAUACUUUCUGUGCUUUAGCAAGUUUUGGCGCUUACAAGUUUAAUGAAAUUGAGCCCUGGUAAUUUGAUUUGAAACUACACCCAGAGCAAAUUACUUUGAGCGCCGUGGCAAGUGCAGAGGUGCCAAAUCUAUCAUUUUUUUUUUGCAAAAUG